UUGCAUACUGUAAUUAGACGGUACACGCUUACUUGUAGAGCAUCUACCAAAUUGUAGGGUGCUUUGCGGGCACGACUCCGACAUGCUUCCGUCCUUGUUGACGAACGCGCGGCGGGGGGCCCAGGCUGCUCUGCAGCCCGGGUUCCUGUCUGCCUUUAUCAGCACCACUAGUGAGAGCUUGAAUGCCGCAGCCACUGCCACGGCUAGCAAGCCCGCACCCAGCCGGCCCCCGCUGGCCAAGCCCCCGCUCUACAAGGAGUUCCAAAUUUAUCGCUGGAAUCCCGACAGCGAUGAGAAGCCGAAGUACGCGUCCUACCAGGUGGAUAUCAACAACUGUGGGCCGAUGAUGCUGGACGUGCUGCUUAAAAUCAAGGAUGAGCAGGACCAGACGCUGUCGCUGCGUCGCUCGUGUCGCGAGGGUAUCUGCGGCUCCUGCGCCAUGAACAUCGACGGAAGCAACACGCUGGCCUGCCUGUGCAAGGUCAACCGCGACCCGGGGCACGUGGGCAAGGUGGCGCCGCUGCCGCACAUGUUCGUGGUGAAGGACCUUGUGGUGGACAUGGCCAACUUCUACGCCCAGUACAAGUCCAUCAAGCCCUACCUGCAGAAGAAGGAGGCGGCCAAGGGCCAGGAGUUUUACCAGUCCAAGGAGUCGCGCGCCAAGCUGGACGGUCUGUACGAGUGCAUCCUGUGCGCCUGCUGCUCCACCUCCUGCCCCAGCUACUGGUGGAACAGCGACAAGUACCUGGGGCCUGCAGUGCUGCUGGCCGCGUACCGCUGGAUCAUUGACAGCCGCGACGACAUGACGUCUGAGCGCAUGAAGGAGGUGGACGACGCCUACAAGCUCUACCGCUGCAAGACCAUCAUGAACUGCGCCACGGUGUGCCCCAAGGGCCUGAACCCCGGCAAGGCCAUCAACAAGAUCAAGCAGUCUCUGGCCAAGGGCAGCCCCGUAUAAGCCCGCAGCUGGAGGAGCAGCAGCACCGGGUGGAGCUGCAACACCAGAGCUGCGGGUGCAGCAGCGGGUGCAGGUGCAGCCGCCGUAAGGCGCAUCAGAAGUCGAGAGCCACGCGAAGCGGGAGCAUGCAUGGAGGUGGCGGUGUGUUGAGGGCAUGGAAGUGUGGCUUGAGUGGUUGUAGCCGUGGCUGGUCUCGUCAGCAGCCGCUGUGGCGGCGGCUGACAGAGGUUAGCCCGGCCAUGGUCGCGGAGCGCCUGCGUGCAUGGUCUUGGGGGAUUUGCAAGCAGCAAACAUGUAUUCUUUUGUAGUGCUGUCUUAAUGGACAACCGGCUUAUUUCCCUGCGAGAGUGUGAUUGCGUGUGUGGGCGUCGUACCGUAUGUGAACGGGUAGGUGAGGUUGCAGCGUGGAUGAUUUCGAAGGAGGCAGGUACGUGAGUUGUGUACCGUGUGCAUAGGUGCCCUUUACGCGUGUGGCGGAGUAUUGUCCGGCCUAAACCGCGGGGUGGAUGUUAGGUUGUGGUAAAGCUGACCGAUUGCACAUACAGCAGGCAGGUCCAAGCCAGCCGGAGUGAGGCGUUCCUGUCGGCGCUGUGCUGCGGAAGGCGGACAUUAGAGCUGUAACGCUCAUUCGCGUGGUACGGGUACUGGCCUACCGGUAGCCACACGGAUACGAAAGGCAGGGGUCUGAGGGUGCCCCUGCCGGAAGUACGUAACGAUGCGCGGCGC